AGUUUAUAUUACUCCUUUAUGGUUUUGUAACCACUGCGAACAAGAGGGGGAGAGGGACGGAGCAAGGGCAAAGCAAUAAUGAUCGAGAAGGCAAAGAAAAGAAAUCGAUCAUGCAAAAAGACCACGGCGGACGUGAUUGUAUCCACUGCGAAGAGGAGAAAAGCCUUGCAAAUUAGAAGAAGAGGCAGAGGAGGGGCCAAAGCAACAGCGACGACGGCGGAGAAAAGGUCUCAGUCAUGCCUCAUAAAUCGUCUUCCUCGAGAUGCUCUCAUGGCUAUACUUUCUACGCUGCGAGUCAAAUCUCUCUUGCAAUUGAGGUGCGUAUGCAAGUCCUGGUACACUUUAAUCUCCAACAUCCACUUCGUUAAAACGCAUCUCAAUCGAUCCAUCACAAGUCCCAAUAUCCUAAGACAAAGACAACACAUUUUGAUUAGUAAUAACCUAAUACCCGAUUGUCCCUACGCCUUCAGCCUCGAAUCAGCCGCUGAUAACGACGAGGGCGACAUUGAGGCUUAUGUUGUAGAGAUCGAUUAUAUCGUUGAGAAAGAGCAGAGUCCCUGCAGUAUAAUUGGUUCUUGCCAUGGGUUGUUGUGCCUGAAGUUCGGGGCAAGAGCUUUUUAUGUAUGUAAUCUCUCAACCAGAGAGUCCAAGCGAAUACCUGACUUCAAAUUCUCUUAUUGGAAAAAUUUUUAUAUAUUGGGAUUUGGCUAUGAUCACUCCGUCGAUGAUUACAAACUGGUGAAAGGAGAUAAAAAUAGCUUCCAUGUAUAUUCACUAAGAACUGAUUCGUGGAAAAAAGUUCAAGGCUUUCCUAACAAUCACUGGCCUAUCACUCAUGGGAUACUGCUGAAUGGAGCCAUCCACUGGCUCUAUGUUGAUAAAGAUUCACUUCUGCCAACAAAGAUUGUUGCUUUCUGUUUGGCGGACGAGAAAUUUUUGGAGUUUCCCGUGCCUACUCUCGCUGUUGGUAUCGUAUUCAACUUUGGGUUGCUUGGGGGAUGUCUUUGUAUACUACCAUUUUGUGGUAAUGAAUUUUGGCUUAUGAAGGAAUACGGAGUGACACAGUCCUGGACCAAAGUUGUGAUUGAAAUCCCAUCUGUCAGAAUCCAUACAUUAGCUUUGUUGAAGAAUCAUGAAGCCAUAUUAAAGAUAGACUCCAAGAAGUUAGUUCUAUACAACACAAGAGAGAGAACAUACAGGGAUCUGGUACUUCGGGAUUUCCCAGAUGUGAAUAAGAUCCUCAAUGCGGAAGCUUAUGUGGAGAGCCUUGUAUCACCCUGUCAAUAAAUUAAUUCCAGGAUGGAGGAUGACUGGAAAGGCAUGGCUCCUGGCUCUUGUUAUUUUACCAGCAAGGUCACAUAUUAUAAUGUGCUUUGGAUUAGUCAUAUAUAUAUGGGUUCUCCCCAAACAUGUGUGGAUGGAUCAAUUGGGAAGAGUAACACUGCUCUCAGGUAUUUUAUUUAUAAUGCUGGGGCUGGGUACAGAUGGUGUACCUCCCCUUAUCCAGCAAAGAACUUUGCCACCUUCAGUAAUAGGAUUGACAAAUCUUCCGGCAUCUUUGGGAGGUUAUUCAUAUGUAAUUAUGAAGUUUGGACCACUACAGCUUACAAGGAAGGGCUUGUCUGUAGCAAGCACGUCUGCAUGUUUAACUUUCAUAAUCUUCCAAAGCGCAAGCCUCUGCAUGACCACCACAACCCCAGAGCAACUUGCAUAAGCUUUGCAAUGGUUUGUGCUCCCCUUGAAAAAAUUUGGUGUUCCAGUGGGUGAAGUUAUCCUUACUCUCCUACUUUCUCCGAGGUUCAUCAAUCUGGUGGUUAAUGAGGUCCGUAAUGUUGCACUGGGGAUUAUGUCUCGUAGGAUAGAUUGGCAACGGUUGACAAUUAGGAGACAAUCGAUGCUUUCUUUACAUACAUUCGCCGGGUGUUCAAAAAUAUAUUUAGCCACGCAGAGCAGGUUUCUCAGGCAAUUAUUUUUAUAGGUUUUCGAGGUGACAGCAACACUCAGCAAGAUUUACUUCCCACCAGACUCAUGUAUUGGGGUUGCAGAUAUUGUUUCCUUGUUGUGCCUUGGUGGUCUAAUAGGUGCUGCUGCUUUGUCGGAGAACUUUAUUGUCUGAUGCUAUCUUGAUUCUUGGUACAGGAAUUCUUUCAUCUUGUAUCAUAUCCUCUCCAGUAAGAGUUUUAUGUUUCCCCUUUACUGAGCUUUGCUUCUCCCUUGAUUUGAUGUGGCUUGUUGAAUCUAUACCAUUCAAAUCUUUAAAAAAUUAUUGAGUACCAAUUCCCCUUCAUUGCGCCAUCUUUUUAAAAGCAUCUCAACGUAUCUCCUGUGCAAAUAAAGUAUUUGUGAAUAUCCAUACAUGUUUAUCUGAGCACUUCAUGUUAUAUUGGGGAAAGUACAUACAAUUCUCACAUCUGCUUGCUCUUCUUCUCACACACCUAUGUGCAUGAAUAUGAAUGCAAGCAUACCCAAAAGAAGGUACGGUCUUAAAUUCAUGCAUUAAUUCUUGGUAUUAUGGUGUGACUUGGUGGAAAUAUGAGAUCUCACAAAAUUUUGAUCAACAAUUUUUGUGCUGAACAAAGAUGUAUAAGAUCCAUAUUUCUUAUUAUUUGAAGUAUCCUAGAAAACUAGCUUCACACCCUAGGUUUCUUUGGCAUUCAUGCAUUUAAUAUAGCCUGGUUGCUUGCUACCAUGUUAUUAGUUUCUAGUUAUGGAUUCAGCUCCUCUUUUAAAUUGAAUCCAUUCGCUUCUUUCCACUGGUGAACUCAGCAGCCAAGAUUUUGCUAUGUCAUCUAAUAAGGAAAAUACCCAAACCUUCCCAAAUGCUGUUGUUUCAUAUGGUUAAUAACUUAAGUAUUUCUAACGGUAACAGGAUGCUGUUAACCCGCAAAGUUUUAGGAUCCCGUCAGGUCAUUCAUCUCUCUCCCCCUCUCGUUAUCUGAAUAUAAUGACCACGGGGAUGGAGGUCAUUGGAUGGUUAAGAUUUCUGGCUAUGUAGAAUUCCUCCACCAUCUAUUCCUUCUCUGAUAUCAAAUAAGUCGCUGCUAUUUUGCCCACAUCAUAUCAUUUUGAUCGAAUCACAUGUCCAUUACUGAGAUGGGUCUUUAGAAGAAAGAAAACGAGAAGGAGAUUGGCAUCUCCAAGUAGAGAAGACUGAUAGGCUGGAGGGGUCAAUGAAAUGGGUUUAUCUAAAUUUACGAUCUCAUUCAACAUUGCCCUUGAGAGAGAACAAAUGAAAUCCCAAAUUGUUGCAAGCAAAAGAACUGUCUGUUGUGAAGUCUUUCUAAUGUAUUUCUAUUUGUGGGUAUAAUUAAAUAUUGAUUUGUUGCUCGUAAAAUGGAUCUUUUUGUUCAUCAGCAACGUGGUCGAGUCUUAAAUUUUGAUUCUGUUGACGGUAUAGAUUGCAUCGCAUUUUCCCUGUUGGUGUUGUAAAUAUAAAAUGGAAGCAUUUGGAGUGAUCUUUGGUGUUGUUUCAUUUGGAGUGGUCUUAGGUGUUGUUUCAUUAGAUGAUGUGACAAAAUCUUGUCUGUGCAAUUCACCGAUGGAAAACAGCUGAUGGAUUCAGUACCAUAGAGGAAACGAAUCCAUCCAGCUACAUGGCUUUCUGUGCUGGAUAUUUUUCACUGAAUUUGGCUGACUGUGACCAUGCAGAGAAACUUCUGUCAUAAUGAAGUCGGAACAUAAAAAAAAAAAUUAGAUCUAACUUCUCCUGUUCAAUUGGAUGAUGGAGUUCUGUGGAAGCAGUUCUUGGAAAGAACCCUAACAUUCAUUAUAUUUAUGCAUGUACCAAGGUCA